AUGUUCCAAGGAGACUCGGCCGCCAAGGACAAGAUCUUGAGUACACCUGGACUUGGCUACGACGUACCUGAAGACAGGCGCCGCAUUGAUGCGAUUCUUGAUCAUGCUGAGGGCGACGUAGAUGGGGUGGCCAUAGAGGCGAUAAAGUAUUGGCUGCAAGAGCGAAUUAAGGGAGCACGAUUUAGCGUAGGCACAGCAUGA